AUGGCGACCGAAGACCACCAAAAGGGAGGGUCUCCGACAUCUACUGAGCCUAGAGAUGAUGGCCCCACGAACGCUGCGAGUUUGUUAUCUGGGACCAGCGGGGUUAGCGCCGAGGAAAGCGCCCUCCAACAUCUGAAUGUUGACUAUAACGACGAUGGUGAUAGUGCGGUAGGAGGUAUGACAGUGCAGACUUCUACCAUCUCUGUUAAUUCGAGCUUCUAUAACUAUGUUGAGGAGAAUGGACGCACAUAUCAUAAGUAUAAAGAAGGCAAAUAUAUGAUGCCAAAUGAUGCGUUAGAGAUAGAUAGGUUAGAGCUUCAACAUCAGCUGUGGCUAAUCACGCUCUGCGACGAAUUGAGUCUUGUACAAGUCAAGAACCCCCAAAAUGUGCUUGACAUCGGGACAGGGACUGGCAGUUGGGCUAUAGAAUUCGCUAAUCGAUACCCUUCCGCACAUGUUAUAGGGUGCGAUCUUAGCCCAAUCCAACCAGAAUACGUGCCUUCAAACUGCCAUUUCGAAAUCGACGAUGCGGAAGACGAAUGGACCUACUCGCAAAAGUUUGAUCUGAUCCACGGUCGUGCCCUGGUGACCUGUUUCAAAGAUCCUUCAAUAGUUAUCGCAUCUGCGUUCAACUCACUCGUGCCAGGCGGCUAUCUCGAGCUUCAGGAUCUUAUAUUACCUUUGCGGGCUAUUGACGACACACUCCAAGGAACCUCGCUGGAUCACUGGCUAACAACUACCAUCGAUGCAGCUGCUAUGCUCGGAACAUGUUGGAAACAUAGCGGGGACUACGUUAGGCUUCUCGAGGAGGCGGGGUUCGUUGACGUGGUUGAGAACCACUUUCAGUGGCCUAUGAAUACAUGGCCGAAAGGUGAGAGGAUGAAGGUUCUUGGACGGUAUAUGCAAGAGAACUUGUUGAGGAUUUUGGAAAGUCUCUCGAUGGCACCUUUGACAAGAGGUGCGGGGUUCACAAAAGAGAAAGUCCUAGAACUUACGGCGGAGGUGCGGAAAGACGUUGUUAACAAGAGCAUUCAUGCAUAUUUACCGGUGGUGGUAGUCUUAAAACUUUUUGCCUGUUGGUUUCUGGAGAGUUCAACAAGCUCUGCAAUUCAAAAAAGUAGAGGUAACAUAACCGCGUCAGAUGGAUCGAUGACCAACAUACCAACGCACUACGAGAUUCUAGGUCUUCCGGAAACCAUCCGAAAUGAUUUUACUAUCCCAGUGCAAACCCUGCGAGGCGCAUAUCGUCGAGCGCUCCUCCAAAACCACCCCGACAAGUCACAGCUCCCACCGAAACCUACCUUGACCUCCCAACACACCGUAUAUUCUAUCGAUCAGAUAUCGGAAGCAUUCAGUAUUCUGUCAGACGGCAAGUCUCGAGCGAAGUACGACAAGGAGCUGAAGCUGCAGAACAAUAGUGCAAAUGCAGCAGGGGAAAAGGGAAAGCAAGCGUUCCGCACUGGGGUUGAGACGGUGGAUUUAGACGAUCUCGAGUUCGGUGAAGCACAAGAGGAAUGGUAUAGGAGUUGCAGGUGUGGUGAUGAGCGCGGGUUCCUUAUCAAGGAGACGGAUUUAGAAGAAGCUGCAGAAGACGGCGAACUCAAUGUGGGUUGCAAGGGAUGUAGUCUGUGGCUAAAGGUGCUUUUCGGUGUCAUCGAGGAGGGCAUAAAGCCUGUAGAUACUGGAGAAGACACAGAUGACCUGAAGGAAGCAUUAUGA